GUCGUGCUUCGUCGUGGGGAUGAGAUCGCAACGAGGAAUGACGUUGUACGAUCCAACAUUCGCGCGUCGACGGUGACACGGUAUAAAGACUGCACGCGGUUUGUUCUACAUACACGUUACACGUGUCACGAUCGUGGAUUCAGUUCCGUUUCGUGGCAACUAAUCGUGGAUCAUUCCCGUUUGACGGUACGAAAGGCGUGUUUCCCAGGCUGUGCAACUGUGCGGUGCUAUCCCCGUUUCUCCAUCUUCCGCAUUCCUCGCUUCGAUUGGAGUAUCUCUCCGUGCACGACGAGACCGUAUAUCGACAUCGACGGUUCCACGACAACCACGGAGACCAAUAGCACCAGCGGCACAGUCCCCGAUUCGAUUGAAGGAAAGCUACAGGAAUACCAGCUGAAAUCAUCCGAAUUUGGUUAGUGACAGACGGAGGAUGAGUUAAGCGGUGCACGAAGGAAAGAAGAGCAAAAGAGAAGGAAGAGGGACAGAGAACCAAGCACGAGGCUACGUCAUCGACAAAUUUUCCUAGGUAUGCAGCUAACAGCGAGGAUGCAACGGUCGAUGACGUGAAUCGACCGACUUUUCGGUCGAUAACUGCCUGCCACGUCUGAAUGGCUGGUCAACCAUUUGGCUACUGCUGUCGGAGAACUGUCUUGCCAUCGUAUGGGGACCGGAUGGCCGGUGUCUAAGUGCGUUUCCUCCGCGUGGUUCACCGUACGAUAAUCUCGUCUGUAACUGAUACAUUUCUAGAUAUUCCGUUUCCAUCGUCUGAUUGUCAAAUGCUGUUCGUUUACGGCUGAAAUCGUUUCGUCUUCUCUACGAAGUUUCUUCGUAUUCCACACAUCCAUCAUCGAGUUCGAGUAAAAGAGAGGAAGAGAAAAAGAGAGAUUGGAGAGAGGGAGAGUUACCAGCACAUUGGAGUCCCACGUUGGAGUUUCGCGAGAUAGAAGAAGCGAGAAGCGGACAGGAACGCGGGAACGGGGGAACGAGCGGCAACGUUUGGAAUAGCAGUUUGUCGAAGGUCGCUGCCGAUCCACGUAAUCAAAAAGUUUCGAACAGAGCGGGGGAACAGAAAACGGCUAUUUCGGAUAAUCUCGAAGCGGAGAGGGAAACGAAGUGAAUGGUGGGUUUGUUUUUGUUUGUUAAUCGUACAUUGAAGGUAAGUGGACACAUACUACGGAGGUUGUGUCCGCGUCCGCGAGGCGGAUGAGGACAAAGUGGACGAUAAACGCGGAACUCACCGAUUCUACGUACGUCGCUCUUGAUUCGGAGGACAGCCACGUGUACCGUACACGUUCACGAUUAUCGGUAUCACAAGAAUCACGUCUAUUUCCCCACUAACAGCCACAUGACUUGACGAUCGCCCCACCUACCGCUGUUCGUCGUUGAGCGAAAGCGGCGACAGUGGCAGCAACGUCACCGACGAGGAAACGACGAGCACGACGACGACGACGACGACAACCAUCGACGACACCGAUGACGACGACGACGGGGAAGUAGAGGGAAGAAGAACAGCAGAGAGUCGGUAGUCAUCGGUUCGCAAGUGCGGAGGCUACUUAACGAGUGACAUAGUCCGUUGGCAGUUCAGUUGGCCGUAGAUGGUCAGCAGGUGCGAGCUAUACUGUCAUAUUGCACCUUUUUCCGUUUUCUCUCCUUCCUUCUUACGUGUCUCUCUGUUCUUCACCUUCGCUAUCAUCCGGUCUAUUAUCGCUUGCCUUUGAACAAUUCGCUAAAAGACGUUUAUUUCUAUCGUGCGUGCGAUAGAUAGAUAAGUGAGCCGUGUUGUUCGUGGUGGCAGUGCUGGUGCCGUUGUUUGUUGUCGUUGUUCUUGUUAUCUCCGUUGCCUCCUCCGCCGGUAGCAGCGGCUGUUUUAGUGGAUAGUGGAUAAUAGUGUUGAGUGUGAAACUGGAGCCGCUAGUGGUAACAGUCGCAGUCGAGAGGCAGAGCUAUCAUGUGCCCGCGGAAGAUCUUCGGACUGGCCAUCGUCGCGCUGGUGACUCUUAGUGGACGAGUGGCAGCCUAUACGAAUCAGUGGGCAGUGCAUAUCGAAGGAGGACCGGAAGUCGCCAAGCAGGUCGCACGGGAACAUGGAUUUCAAUAUCUUGAUAAGAUAGUAGACGACUGGUACCAUAUGGUGCACACGUCAGUGGUGAAGAGGUCGACGGAACCACAUUUCGGAGUACAAGGGAGGCUAAUAGAAGACCGCAGAGUGCGCCGAGCGGAGCAGCAGCGAGUGAAAUCGCGAACGAAACGGGAUCUGAUAAUCAAACGCGGUCCGUCCAACCUGAAAACCGUUCUCAAUGACGAGAUGUGGCCUCAAAUGUGGUACUUGAAUAGGGGAAAGGGGUUAGAUAUGAACGUGCAGGAAGCCUGGGCUGAAGGAAUUACGGGACGCGGAAUCGUGGUCACGAUCCUUGAUGAUGGAUUGGAGAAAAAUCAUCCUGAUCUCUAUAAGAACUACGAUCCACAAGCGAGCUACGACGUUAAUAAUCAUGAUGAAGAUCCCAUGCCAAGAUACGAUGUUCUAGACAGUAAUCGACAUGGCACCAGAUGCGCCGGUGAAGUGGCUGCAACUGCUAACAAUUCCAUGUGCGCGGUGGGAGUUGCAUUCGGAGCUGGCGUCGGAGGAGUGAGAAUGUUGGACGGAGACGUGACAGACGCUGUCGAAGCGAGGUCUCUGAGUCUAAAUCCUCAACACAUUGACAUUUAUAGUGCCUCCUGGGGACCGGAUGACGAUGGAAAAACCGUCGAUGGUCCUGGUGAACUUGCUACUAGAGCUUUCAUCGAAGGAAUCACAAAGGGUCGCAACGGUAAAGGGUCAAUUUUCGUCUGGGCGUCAGGAAACGGCGGCAGGGAUCACGACAACUGCAACUGCGAUGGUUAUACGAACAGCAUCUGGACGUUGUCCAUCAGCAGCGCUACAGAGAAUGGUCACGUGCCUUGGUACAGCGAAGCCUGUUCCUCCACUCUCGCUACCACCUACAGUUCCGGCUCAUCGGGAGAGAAACAAGUAGUAACCACUGACCUGCAUCAUUUAUGCACGAGCAGUCAUACGGGCACGUCUGCAUCGGCUCCCUUAGCUGCUGGUAUCUGCGCUCUCGCUCUCGAGGCGAACAAAGAGCUAACUUGGAGGGAUAUGCAACACAUUGUCGUCAGAACAGCGAAACCUGCCAAUCUUAAAGCUAUGGAUUGGGUAACCAACGGUGUUGGAAGAAACGUGAGUCAUAGUUUUGGCUAUGGGCUGAUGGAUGCCGCUGCCAUGGUUCGCUUGGCCAGAAGAUGGCGAACGGUACCGGAACAGCACAAAUGCGAGGUUUCAGCACCACAUAUGGGCAGGCCAAUACCACCAAAGAGCCAACUAACUCUGGAAUUGCACGUCAAGGAGUGUAGCGGCGUUAAUUUUCUCGAGCACGUGCAGGCAAAGGUUUCACUGAUGGCCUCGAGGAGAGGAGAUCUUCAGAUACAGCUAACAUCUCCGCAAGGUACAAAGAGUACUCUUCUUGCGAAAAGGCCUCACGACAUCUCAAAGGCUGGUUUCAAUCAAUGGCCAUUUAUGUCGGUUCACACUUGGGGAGAAAGGCCACACGGCACGUGGAAGCUUGAAAUCCACAAUGAGGGUCGAUACCAAGGUCGUGCAACGCUUCACGAAUGGGCGUUGAUCUUCUACGGAACGUCAACACUGCCCGAUCGCACGGAAUACGCGUUGUACAAUCCUGCCGGGAUGAACAUACCGAGAAGACCUUUCGUUAAACCACGGGAAACUGUGUUCUCGAAGGCACAAAACUCCCUGAUGAGCUCGAAGAUCAAGCAGACUCAACACAAGUCGGAGAAAUCCGGAAGCCUUAGUCCGCCGUAUGUGGUCAAUGCGCAGAUACAAUCUCAGAGAAAGAGCAAAGCGCGUGGUCAGCACAAAAAUGGCAAAUCAGCCAAUAAACCUACGCCAAAGCCCACCGUGCAAACGUUAAGAGGGUUGACAGUAGCCAGGGGACCUAACGUUGCCGGGGAGAUUCGUUUAAUCACGUCCAGACCCAGAGGAAGAAGCACGCCUAGUCCAAUCACUAUCACGGUCACCCAGACCAGUCCACCUACCACGAUUCUAACCACCAAAGUGACCAGCAAACAAAAAAUCGUCGACAUAGCGACGGCCUCGUCCCUUCAAAGAGGCCUUAUACUCUUGGAGCCACCAGCGAAACCUGUUAUCAACAACGUGCCAGCCAUCUUCCAGCAAUAUCCUAAAAUUCAACAGCUCUAUCCACUCUAUCCCGUCUACGCUGGAGUUAGAGGAGCUGGCCAACAGCACGCAACCAGGGAUAAGGGUCUGGAAUUGCUCCAGGAUGAACAGUUCGAUUCGAAGAACUUAGACAAGGACACCCUCGAAGAAUUCAAGCUAAUCUUCUACGGCACGGAGACGUCGUUGGAGUUGGACGACGACCUGGAUAAGGACAAACCACUAUCCUCUGUGAAUCAUCAGGAUGUAAGUGUGGACAACUCGGCAAUAGGCGCAAGGCACAACGCUGUGGUGACCGAUCCAUGGACAGGUAGCCAGCAGGUAGAAUGUGUGUCCCAUCAGGAAGUGCAAAGACCGACAACCGAAAACCAGACCAGCGGUUGCAGUAGCAUCGAUCCUGGAAGUGGCAGGUGCCUAGAUCAUUCUUCUCCAUCUGGCCAUAAAACGAAUGCCGAGGGAACGUCAAAUUGCCGUCGGCAAAAAUCCAACGUCGAGGUUUUCCAAGAAAUACGAAUGCAGUCUUUGAUGAGCUACAAUGAAUGGAAGGGAGUCUGGAGCGAGGUGAUUAACCACCGUCAAACGCGGACAGAUCCCUGUACGAAGGUUAAUGAUUGUUGCACUCGGUCUGUGUAAAUGAAAAGUUUGUUCCGCGUGGCGGAUGAUUUAAUAAAUUCAAAAGUUUCGAAAUUACGGCGUACAUAGCCAUGGAUACCGAGCAAUUCCAUUAAUGACGGACACUGCAGUCCGUAAUAUAGUAUCUUCUAACAAAAAAAUUGAACUUCCAGGCUGCGAGCCAACGUACUUUUAUGCGAUGACGUUCUUUUAAUUAAUUUAAAAGUUGUUUCAAUUUUAAUUUAUUAAUUGAGCUACUUCUUAAUUAGGUGUAUCUUUAAUUACAAAAUUAAAAUUGAUGGAUGGUAAUCAGUUUUAAUUAGGUCACAUUUCAUUUUUGCGUAUAUAAGUGAUGAUAUUGUAGUAUCAUGGACAAAUGGCCUAAAAAAUAUCGGGUGAACCAUAAACAAUAUUGCAAGAAGGCCUAAGUGCCGUUAGGCCAAAAGGGCCUGGCAGUUUUUACCAGGUGGUCGUCACCUGAAGAGUCAAGUGGGGGAGUUGUGAGUUGAAAGUUGAGUGGAGUAGUCGUGAGUUGAGAGUCGAGUGGUGAAGAGUCGAGUUGAGAUAGUUGUGAAUUGACAGUCGAGUGGUGAGGAGUCGAGAGUUGAGUUGCCGAGUUGUUAUGAGUUAUAAACUAUUAGUUGUGAGUUGUGAAUUAACUAUUUAGUUGUCUUAGUUAUAGCACAUUACUGUAUUUAGUUCACGUUAAAUAACCAUCAUUUCCUGUUUAAUCCAUUGUAAAUAGAUCUAUCAAUCAAUAUCAUGUAGGAUAAAAAUCAUUGGAAACCCUAAUUUCUAAUAUUUCUAAAUAAAUACAAAAUCCUAUAAUAUCAUGUAUUUUAACAGAAAUGAACCGAUCCAUUAAAAAUUGAAUCACCGUAAUCGAUAAAAUUAUUGACGGAAACAAGAUAAUAACAACGCAUGUAACAAAUUGACAAGUUAAAUUCGUGCAACAAUUGCCUCGAUUUGUCGAAUAUUUCAACAAUCUUUCAUUAUCAUCAUUUUCAUGUCAUCGCUUUCACAUUUUCCAGCCGCGAAUCAUUUCUUUGCAUUUAUAAAAGUGUUUGGAAAGUUAAACAGAAGACACUCUAAAUCAGAUAAAAUAGACAACCUAAAAAUGUUGAUUACAGUAUUAGUACGAAAAAUCAUGUUAAUCAGGAGACAUGAUGCAAAUGAGGAAUAGUAUGGGAGGAGGGAAUAGAGGUGGGAGUUGGUAAAGAACGACUUGUAAUUGACCUCGAAAGCCAGCAGCAUCCGCGAGAUACUCAUCGCGGCAUCGAUUAUACUUAUAUGUAACGUCACUUUGCAUUAUGAAGUGCAGGCCGUGACCGUAUUUUUGUACUCCUCUCCGAAAGAAGGAAGGUGAAAACUGUGGACGGAAGACAAUGAAGCAGCUGUGCGCUGUAAAAUCUAUUGCCUUGGAAACGCAGUUUGAAUUUAAGCGAUUACUUGGUGGAUAAAGCCAAGAAACUUUCUUACACCAUGAAACUUCUUAUUCAUGCCUAAUCUUGAUGUCUGUUACUUUAUUACUUUCAUUCGCAUGUACAGUGCGGCUCGCCUCUUCAAACUCCAUUAACUUCUACCCUUCCCACGAUAUUGCUGUGUUCUUCCUUGAAAAAAUAUUUUUAUACCUACAUACAUAGGGGUACGUAAAUAUGUAUUAUCGAUUGGUUAAAGUUUUACGCAACGUUUACAGUUAGUAAUGUCAGAUAACGUGACCGCAGUAAUCCGCAUUAUUACUGCUCAUUGAUCGAUUACAGCCUAUACAUGUAAGUGGACUUCUUGAAAUGCUAAAUUCUAUCAAAAUUAUCGCAUUUUCACUUUUACAUACUUGUUACGAAAAAAUAGGAGACAGCAAGAAGUUUCUUUCAAAUAAUUAUUAUAAUACUGUUAUAAAAUAUUCUCCAUUUUAAAUUUCCCAUAACGAAUAGUUCAUUCUUAAGUCAGUAGAAAUUGGAACCUGAUCAACACGUUCGAACUCUCAUACUGUAAAUGCUGUCAAGAAAAGAAAACAGCCCUCAUCAUCAUUUAUCAAUGUUGUGAGGCAUUAACAUUGACAAAUGCAUUAAAAUGUUUAUGAUCGAUCGUCUUAUAACUUGGCAAAAGCCACAAGGCGUAUCUUAAACAUCAAAUUUUUGUCGAGAGAAAAUAGAAUACUCUCCGUUUCAUCUACAGACUUUAUUCCCACGUGAUCAAUCUCAUAUAUAAAUAGAUAAAUAAACAUACAUACUGUUAAUUUUAAAUUCAAUUAAUUCCGCGUGUUAACCUUUCCGACGUAAUUAGGUAUAUGCUCCUGUCUACGAAUGUUGUAAAUAUAAGCAAUGACUUUGAUCGCAGUACAUUUAAACAUUUUGUCAAAUUUAAUUACACGCAUUAUUGUGAACACGGUUGUUAAUUAAUCUCUAACAAUUUUUAAGAAAAUCUAAAAUCUUUUGAUAUUGCUAUUCUUUCACUAUGAUUUACAUAUUAAUGGUUCCUGUUAAUGUUUUGAUGCGAAAAUUUCAACUUGGAAAACAAUUACGUACAUGUUAAAGGCCCAUUACAGGCUUUCUUUAACAACAUGUAUACUUAAUUUAUAUACUUAAAUAAUUAUGAUAUGAAAUAAGAUACGAAAUAAAGCAUCUAAUAAUAUGAAAGACUGCAUCAAAACUAGAGAGUAGAUUAAAAAGCAUAAAAAAUAGGAUGAUUCUUUUUCGUUUUUUACUCUCUUUCUCUCUCUUUUGUUUGAAUAACCAGCAUUCAGAGCUGAACCGCCCCUUUAGAAUCGCAUUAUGAUUUAGUGGCGCACCCGCCAAUGCUUACGUUCGAUAGAAUCCAUCGUCCCUUUCCAUUAACUCCCUUUUCACCAACUUAGUAAGAAAGAAGAUGCGGCAUAUCUAACUGCAUCGAAAGAAAAAUUCUUAUAAAAUAUGCGAUCCAGUUCCAAAACUUCUACAAUUACUAAAUCCCCUCCCCCCCCAAAAAAUACUGUAAGUGUGCAGUGUGUUAUAGCAACUCUAUUCGUAUCAACUGUCUCCAUUAUCUUAGAUAAUAAGUAGAAAUAUUAGUUAGAGAAGGAUAUACAUAGAAACUUUUUUUUCUUGUUCACUUUUUGAAUGAAAUAUGUGAAAUAUCCAAUUUUUCCGGCUAAAUGUUUUUACCCUAAACGUUAAGUUAUUCUAACGUUAUUUUUUUUAUUUUCUUCGUCGACAUAGAGCGUAUUUAUUUAUUCUGCGAAUUAAAAAUUUCUUAUUGAAGCUUUAUGAUUAAUUAUGAUACUACAUGAAAAUUUGUUUAAUAUCGAGAUAUCCGCUUAUCAGCAUCAAACACUAGCAAACAAGCUAGAGAGAAUAAUUAUAUAAAUUUUGAACCACCGACCAGAGAUGUUCCGAAAUACUUUUUUUGCUGAUUUCGACUACAAAUAAGCAUACAAGGCAAACUUUAACUUUGAAAGAAAGUUUGGCCGACAAUAAAUCAGGAAGUUUGAAUUUCCAAGAAUCUACCAUGGGUAUCUCUAUGAGCAAUCAGUGUCGUAUAAAGAUUAUUCAAGUGCUACGUUGGUUCAAAGCGGUGAUGCAAGAAGACGAGAUAUUCCAGAUGAAGGAGCGAAACCCUCACUCGAGACUUACAAAGAUUGUUCAUCACCUGAUAACAGGGAUAUAACCUAACAAACAUGAAGAUGGUACCCCGCUGGGGGUAGCCAUCCACAAGAUAAUCAAACAGCUAAAAAAUUCUACCAAAUGUCCAAAUUGGACAAAUUGUGAAUGUAAAUUAUUAAAUAAAAAAAAAACCUGAUAACAGAAUCUGAGUAUAAAAGACGAAGAAUGCGGAAAGAAAAGGUUAAAGAAACAUAGAUUAGAACGUACGCGCGGUACGUGCAAAAACAAGUAUAGGAAAAUGAAAAUAAUCUGCAAAUUUUUCAACUAUAAAAGUUAUUAUUCUUUUAAGGCGGAUUUGCAUAAAUCCUUAAUAAGAGAUUAAAGUUUCUUAUAUCACAGAACUGUCGGAAGAAGCAACGUUUUCCACGUUAACCGAUAAUAAUUACAGUUCCAAUAUUAUAUUAUAUCCUUUCUGUCAUAUCUUUCCACGGCGCAAAUACACCCUUUAUGUGCAUGUAUAUUGCUUUCUUUUGAACAUCCAUAUUUUAGAAACUCGUAUUCCGUACAUAAUGCCGUCGUUACUGUAAAUUUAAUACCGAUCGAUUAAUCAAAGUACGUGUUUUUAUCCAUCGAUAAAUUUAUCUUUACGUUAAUAUCAAAAUUAAGGCUUACAAAUUUUUUGUUAAUAUUCUCUGCAAUUAUUUUUCUUACUAAACUCUAAGCCACCUUAAUAUAACUCUGAAAGAAUCACUAUAUUCCCUAUAUAGACGCAUUCCCCUGAUUUAUUCUUCUUUCCUUCUAUCAUUCUUUUAUCUUUCUGUUUUACAAUGUCAAAAUAUUUCGAAUCCAUAUUCCUAGGUAAUCUUAUCAACCUCAUAAAGUGUUUAUAUCGCGUUUGUAUUAUAUGAUCGAUCAAACGCAACUAUCUGCACCUCGCGUCUUGAAAGCGACUUCACCAUCCCAUUUCGUUAACAUUUUUACUGGUUGCAGCAACAGCAAGACUAUUUCAUCCUUCCCUCUAGAAAUUCCGCGAACACAGGCAACUACAGCAGCGCACGCCAACCUUUUCUACGUUUUACUCGUACGUUUUCAUCGCCGUAUCUCGCCAAGACUGCGCACGCUUCCG